UGACUGAUGAGGUCCAAAGCACCCAUCAGAGAGGAGUGACCUGCCCUCAACACAGACUGUUUUCCAAAGCAGAAUUGGCCCAGCCCUCCCAGGCGGAAAUGAUGGGGAGUGUGCGAAGCCACCGCUACAGCAUUGUGUCCUCUGAGGAAGACGGCAUGAAGCUGGCCACUAUUACUGUCCCAAAUGGCUAUGGAAACGGCAGUGUCAACAAGGUGCACUCACAGCACCAACAUCAGAGCCGCUUUGUCAGCAAGGACGGCCACUGCAAUGUGCAGUUUAUCAAUGUGAGAGAGAAGGGCCAGCGGUACCUGGCAGAUAUCUUCACCACCUGUGUGGACAUUCGCUGGCGCUGGAUGCUGCUCAUAUUCUUCCUUUCUUUCCUGCUGUCGUGGUUGUUUUUUGGCUUUGUCUUCUGGGUAGUGGCCCUCUCUUACGGGGACUUAGAGAAUGAGACUCAGGUGUGUGUUUCCAAUGUGGACAGCUUCACUGCUGCUUUCCUGUUCUCAGUGGAGACUCAAACCACCAUCGGCUAUGGUUAUCGCUAUGUGACUGAGGAGUGCCCCAUUGCUGUUUUCAUGGUCGUCUUCCAAAGCAUUGUGGGCUGCAUUAUUGAUGCUUUCAUCAUCGGUGCUGUCAUGGCCAAGAUGGCCAAGCCCAAGAAGAGA